UGUGUGUGUGUGCAGUCACUGCUAGCGUGGUGAAGAGUAGUGUGGUAGCAGCAAUAGCGUCGUCGGUGCUGUUGCAGCGUCAAUGCCCAUCUCGUGCCACUCACCGCGCAAAUAGAUGAAGAGUUGGCUGAUGCUCGGCGACACGUAACGUGGUUCACGCGCGCAGAGGGGUCACAGCGGGCGUACAUCGCGGUCGGGUGGAUAUCUCCCGUGCGGCCACGAUCACAGUUCGUGGUGCAAGGAAGCGUGGUGGGCGAGUGAGAGAUCGGCGAGUGGUGGCGAAGCGCGUCUGGAUGGAGAGUAGCGAAGCUUUGCGGAGUGCGGAGGGGGGCGGCUACGCGGCCAGGGUGGUGUCGUGCGCCAUGUGCUGCUGAGCGGCAGUGGCGACAGCAGACACAGCAACAUCAGCAGCUGCAGCAGCAUCAGCGACGAGUGAGACGGCAGAAAGUGACAGUGCUCAAGGUGAAUCUCUCACGACUGUAGCAGCAGUAGUAGCUGCUGCGUGCGCACAAAGGAGUAGCGGGCACCAGCAGCGAACCAUAGCCUCUACGUCCUGCGAUCACCCCCCCCCCCCCCCCACAUCUCUCUCACAUGGCGAGAAGAGGCGGCACCACCAGCAGCAGCAUCGCCUUGUUGCAAGUCGCCUUCGGGACACUCGUCCUGCUCUGGGAAGAGUCUGUGGUGGCGUUGCCGGUGGCAGCGCACGACCUCCACUGCGGCCCUGGACCCACGGACGUGUUCGUGGUGCCAGGGCGGCCGGUGCUGCUCGAUUGCCCAGCCAUCCGAUCAAGAUUGGGCCCAGGACUUGGUUCUGGUCAUCCUGGGCAAGGCUUCUUGGGCGGCGGUGGUGUGUUUGGUCACCGUGGUGGCAUUGUGGGUGGCAGGAGAGGCCCAGUUAACAUCAGCAAUGGUGGAGAACAGCCCCUCAACGUGACAUGGCGCAAAAACGGCAUGCCCCUGCUCCUCUCGGAGACCCUCAAUGUUUCGUCACGCUGGACACUGUUACCCAACGGAUCUAUAUUUCUGUCCCAAGCCCAGGAUUAUGAACAUGGUGGCGAAAACUCAGACAAGGGAGAAUAUGUGUGCGUCGCUCACAGACAAGAAGGUACUCUGGUCAGCCGCAAAAUACAACUGGAUUUCGCAGUGCUGCCGCGGUUCCAGCAGCAUCCCGCGUCUCAGACGGUGCAGGAGGGCAGAGUGGCGCGUUUCCAGUGUCGGAUCCGAGGCCUGCCGGAGCCGAGCAUCCGCUGGGAGAAAAACCGUGCACCCAUCGUCACCGACGCCAGACACACAGAACUACCCAGCGGGGUGCUUCACGUCGGUGACGUGCGGCUGAGCGACGCUGGCCUCUACCGCUGCGUGGCCUCCAACACAGCACGGCGACGCACCAGCCCCGAGGCCAUCCUCACUGUGCAGCAGGUGACACUGAGGCCGCAGCCAGCGGACGUGAUCAUCGUGGCGCCGCCCGAGAACAUCACGGUGGUAGUCGGCCAGGCCGCCGUGCUGGAAUGCUUCGCGCUGGGUCAGCCGCCUCCCAUAAUAUCGUGGUACCGCCUCGAUAACAAGCCGAUCGCUCUGGACAUUGUGCCACUGGGGAUUUACAGCCUGGUUAUACGGCGCGUCGAGAUACACCACGCUGGCGUGUACGUGUGUCGUGCCAACAAACUGGGGGAGCGCAAGUUCGUGUCGGCCGCCGCUCAGCUCACCGUCUACGCUCCUCCGACCAUCACGCAGCACCCGGAGACGAGCACGCAGAUGCGCGCCAGCACGGCCCGCUUCCUGUGCAGGUCCUCGGGGCAACCCGUGCCGCGGCAGCGGUGGCUCAAGAAUGGGCAGCCUGUCGUCUCCAACGGGAGGGUGAACGUGCAGAACGGGAACCUCAUCAUCAACCAGGUGAGGGCAGACGAUGCUGGCUACUACCAGUGCAUGGCAGAGAGCCCGCUGGGCAGCGCGUGUGCCCUCGCUGUGCUCAAGGUGAGCGUGCUGGAGAGCCUGCUGUCGCCGCCUCACCACCUCACCGCCUCCUCGCUCUCCAACACCUCCGUGUUGCUGUCAUGGGAACGGCCGGUGCAGCACAGCGAGCGCAUCAUCGGCUUCUCUCUUCACUACCAGCGUGCGACAGGAAUCAACAACAAAGAAUACCAGGAGGCGGUGAAUAAUGACACGACACAGUACCUGAUUGAAGACCUGGAACCCAACACCAAUUACACCUUCUACGUGGUCGCCUACUCCCAGCGUGGGGCGAGCAGCAGCUCGGGGUACCUCGCGGUGCACACCCUGGAGGGAGUGCCGAUGGGUGCUCCCCACAUCUCGCUGUUGAGCAGGAGCGCUAACAACAUCGCUGUCACCUGGCUGCCCCUGAGCGGCGAGCUGAGCCGAGGCCGCGUCAUCAAAUACCGCGUUGAGUACUUCACCCAAAGUGAAGACAUGGCGCGGUGCGUGGAGGUGAAUGGCUCGGAGACGCAGGCGGUGCUCGGCGGCGUGCUGCCCAACCGCGUGUACAAGGUGCGCAUCACGGCCGCGAGCGCUGCCGGCUACGGUGUGCCUUCGGAGUGGAUGCAGCACCGCACACCGCCAUCGAUCAAUCGCAGAGUGCCCCUGGCCCCAGCAGAGCUGAAGGUGGAGACGAAGCCGACCUCGUUGUGGGUCAUCUGGUUGCCACCCACCAACAUGAGCGGCGUGCGUGGCUACCGCAUCUUCUACCGCAAGGCCCACAGCACGAAUGAGGCACAGCCACCAGAGUCCAACAGGGAUGGAGGACGAAUGUCCACCCUGAUUCACAAGGACGUGUGGAUGUUUGGGCCUGUGUCGCUCCGCCGCAGGACCCGGCAGUUCAAGAUCACCGGCCUCGAGCACGACACUCUGUACGAGGUGAAGCUGGUGGCAUACAACAAGCACAGCGAUGGCUACGCCGCGGUGUGGAAGGGGAGGACAGCACGGAACCCAAGCGUUGAUCCAUCCGUACAGCCCAACGUGCCGCUACCUCCCACUCACAUCACGGCCACCCCCAACGGCUCGACCGCCAUGUGGCUGCGCUGGAGGAAGCCCCUCUUCUCCGCCGCCAAGAUCGUCAACUACACCGUCCGUUGCAGCCCAAGCGAAGUGUUUAAUGCCUCAUACGUCCUCUAUUUCACGUGCACAUCGGAAGAGCUGCUGCUGAGCGGCCUCAAGCCGUACACGCGCUACGUCUUUGCAGUGCAGUCCCACGGGGCUGACAUCCACGGCCCGUUUGGAGCCAGCGUGCAGCAGAGCACGCUGCCUGACAGGCCCUCCGAUCCCCCCAAAGACAUCAAGCUGAGAGCCAUGGACGCCAGCCGCGUGCUGGUGUGCUGGCAGCCCCCAGCUGAGCCGAACGGAGUUAUCUUGGAGUACGUCAUACUGUACAACACCAACCACAGUCAGCCCUACGAUGCGUGGGCCUUCUUGCUCAGACCAGGGAGCAUUCUGAGGGCGGAGGUGAAGGGGCUGCAGGGCUCAACGCGUUACUUCUUCAGGCUUGGCGCACGAACCGUCGUGGGGGGCGGGCCAUACUCGCCCGUGCAGGAGGUGAACACUCCCUCCACGGGCAUCUUCUCAAGCACCAGCUUGCACCUGUUGGUGGGCGUGAUGGCUGGCGUGUGUGUGACACUGGGCGCCUCCGUUGUCUGUGGCAUACGCCUUCUCCACCAUCACAAAGCACGGCAAAGGGCAUCGUCGUCAUCUGUGCCGCGAAGGAUGGCCGGCUCUCCCUCUGCGCAACAUGGGAAGCAGGAGGCAUCGGCAGCAGAAGCUGCCCCUGAGGCCUAUGAGCUGGAGACUCUGAUGGCACCACACAGCAAUGGUCAUGCAAUCCCAUUCUGCAGCGCAGCAAGAGGAAUAACAACCCCCGACACUCUGUUUGUUCAAUUGCGAGCCACGCAUCCAGCCGCGGUGGAAGCAGAGCUGCAGAGUUUAAUGAGCACCUCUCAAUAUCGUAGUUUGGACAGCCCACAGCAGCUGAUUAAGACAAACACUGCUGAAGGAGCAUCGGAGUACUCCGAGAUGGAGGUCACAGACAACCAGACAUCGCCAUGCGCAUUUCAGAAGCUGCCAGAUGAAGCGGACUUUUUCAACUCUGAAGACUCUUACAGCGACGCUGCGAUUGGCCGUGCUCAGGAUCCAGUUAAGGACAUUUCCAGUGUAACAGAACACUGUGCUUUCACUGCCCGCACCGAGGUUCAGGGCGACGUCCGCAAUGGCAAUGGAGAUAUUGGAGUUCCAGCUCCAGCUUUGUGUACUAAAGACUUCAGCGAACUUUCUGCUCCUCACAGGCACGCUCAGAGUAGUGGAGUCUCAACUGCGGAGGCUUCUGUUUCUGAACGGCAUGUGGAGGCAGUUGGUUGCCACGACUCGCGAGCAGCUUCACUGCAGCGACUCGCAGAGGCAGGCUUGAGCCCCUGCUCCAGAAACAAACACGACACCCUUCACGUCAUCACUACCUCAGCUCUAAUUCACCACAACCCAUAGAUCCCACACCAGAAUCUCAUGUCAACAACUACAGGCAUCUCAGGUCUUUGGGGGGAGUCUCACAUGCCCGUAAUUGCACUCCAGGAGUGCUCUUUUAAAUAAUACAAGCAUUUUCCGGACUUAACAUUCAAUACAACCGUGUCUUCUGUUCAUCUCUUCAGGGUUUAACACAUGCCUUUUGUUUUAUUGAUGUUGUUACUCACUGAUACAUAUUGACUGGAAUUGUUUAAAUGAGUGGAUCUUUUUUUGGACACAACGUUAAACUAUAUCAUCUACAACAGCAUCAGAAUGUCCGAAUGUUACUAUGAUGUAAAAUGUUUUUUUAAUUCUUAUUAUUUAGAGUAGCCAAAAGAAAAAUAUAUAUAUAUACAGAGUCAAGUGUCUACUGUAAUGUUUUUAUAACCGUUGUUUUUUUAAGUCAUGACGCUAAACUACCUCAAAUUUUCAAACCAAAUUGUGGACGGUUUUAUUAUCCAAAGUUCACUUGGGCAAAGAAAAGAUACCAUGUAUGAUUAGGAACGUUUUUUUUAGCGAAAUUAUGUUGCAUACAUUUUUCAGAAAAUAACACUAUUUUAACAAGAGAAUAGUUACUACGCCUGGCUUUUCAUUGAAUGCUUUCCAGAUCAUUGCCAAAGAAAGAUUACAUCAAGUCAAGUAAAAGUGUCUCAAAAGUGUCUCAAAAGUGUCUGCAGUGAAUAUUCGGGAUGGCACUCAUUUCCAUUGGCAGCCAUUAACAAAUGGUGGAAAUUCCAUAUUCCCAUCGUGGGGACCAGGUUCUCCUCAGGUCGACCACUGAUGUAUUUUUACUUUGUGGUUACUGAUUUUAUUGGUCAUGGGGGGGGGAUAAUGUGCUGGGUUGACUUCCAAUUAUGAGUAAACUACUCCAACUGACAGCACUACCAAUAUUAUUUAAUGUUGGUUUGGAUGUUUGUGUUUAAGUGCUUAUUCCAGUUACCUUACGAAACUUACACAAAAGCACACAUAUCUAUUGGAAUCGUAGAGAUUGCGGAACAAAUGUUGACCAAGCAAACUUGGCGAGUUUCAUUCUGCUUUGCAGGAACGUUCCAGGUGACCUGUGAGAAUGUUUUCGUUAUUCGGGUGGAUUUUAUGCAUCACAAAUCAUGUUCCUAAUCAUCCCAGUAUUUUAGGUGAUUGAGUGUAGAACAUCAGUGAAUGUUCUUACCUCAAUUCAACUACCUCGGUGUCUUUCAUGAAAGUGGCAGAACAUUCAAGCCACACUUGUGUAUAAUUUCAUCCAAAAAUUGUACUAUUUUACAACAGUUUCAGUCUCUCUAUCCCGUGACAGGAUUAUUUUUUCAUAAUAUGUAAGAGCAGGGUGUCGUUAUGGUGUAAUGGCUAUCACGCUGGAUUUGCAAUCCAGAGGUUGCCUGUUCGUUUAAUCAAUCUAACCGCCCGUGUUUACCUAGCAGUGUAAACGGCAACACCGCACUUAGUCGAUCAGCACUUUUCACGUGGCAGGGCAGAGUGUGGGUAAUUCCCACGUCUUCCAAGAGUAGGCCAAAAUACCCUCCAAAGGUCCUCCCUAGAUAUCCCUGUACUGUAGUGGAGACCACUCUGCCGGCAGUGGCAUGUCCAAGAAACUGCAGGAUUGCGCCUGUACCGAAUAUGAGAGCAGGCUUCUGCCGUGGAGUUAUCCCACCCUCUCCAAUAAUAUAACCCUAUUGGAGAGGGUGGUGAGAUAACUCUCUGCAGAAAACAUCUAUCCUCUCAGCACAUGUUUCAACAAUGCUAGCAUUUUAACCACACUAAAAGAAUGCAGUUCACGCAUGCAUAUUAAUGCAAGUGGGUGUCCAUGUGUGAGUGUGUAUAUAGCUAUCAGGUCAUCUGUGCAAGUGUACUUGUAUGGAUGUGAAUGUGAAUGGUGGUAUUUUAGCAGCAAUGUGGGUCAUAAUAGUGAGGUCACUGUUGAAGAAUUGUAGACAAUGUUUACUGUGCUUGUAUAUUUUUCUUUUUAGUAGUCACACGGCAUCUUAAUUCAAUAUUCAAAUUAUGUUGGUUGAAUUCAUGCAGAUAUGGUGUAUAAAACUACGUGUAGAAUUUGCGAAAUGUAGUUACGUGGCCAUCACGAAUAUAUAACCGGCGAAGGAAAUAAUAAACCAAUACAAAUUUGGAUGCAUGCAGUGUCUAAAUGCAACACUCUACAGAAACAGUGGGCAUACGCGCUUUACAGAGAGAGGCUCACAGUCGUUGAGUCUGGUCUUGAAUAUGAAGAAGGAAGUUGGAUGGCUGUGUGGAAGGAAGUUUCAGACAGACUAUGAGGGUCAACGGAGGAGAAUGAAUGACUCCUACUGAUCAAAGGUUGACUUGGGGCUUCAAAAGACGCCUUGAUUACUGAAGUGGCAAGUGCAUGGAGGAAAGUGGUGUGAGAUGAGAGGGGAGAGGUAGCCAGGGGCAAGUCCAUAAAGAACCUUGAAGACGUUGAGUGCGAUCGUGAAUUGAUCCAGGGUUGAAUUGGGAGCCAGUGGAGCGAUUGGAGUAUUCGGGGCAGUGUGGUCCCAUUGACAGAUGUUGGUGAGAAGUCUAGCAGCACGAUAUCGGAUAAGCUGAAGGAGUAUGGAAUGCGUAGAGGAGGGAGUUACAAUCGUGAAGUUGGGGUGUAAGGAAAUGGCAGAUGCACAAGAUGUUGGACAGAUGGAGUUAUGAGGUCCUGAAGAAAUAUGUUGGAAGAGAAGAAGCCUUGGAAUCCAAUGACAAUUCCAAGAUGGUGCACACUAUUCACCAGUGUAAUGUCAGGGCCUCAAGAGACAAAUACUCAAAUUGGAGUAUUUCUGAUAAGGGGUUUUUCAGUUUUGGCAACAUUUAUCUGACGGAAUACAACAAAAUCCAAGAUGAGACUGUGUCAAGGCAGAAUGUGAGAGUGGCUGGUGGAGUCAAUAUUUAGUUUGGUGUCAUCAGCAUAUAAAUGAUUGCAGAUUAUGUUUCCACGCAGGAGAUGUGUUCAAAAGAGCCGAGGGGCGAGGACAGAACGUUGUGGAACACCAUACUCUCGUUAAAGAAUAGUGCUUAAAUUGGUGGAAACUUUAGAGUAAACUACAUAUAUUUUUCAAACCAAAAUACGUAUUUUUGUUGUCGCUUAGUACCUGUUUGCAUGAACUGAUUUCCAUGCAGAGUAUGCUAGUUUUAUUUAUGGAUGAUCAGGUUCACUGGACUUGUUUCCAAUAUAGUGUUAUGGGGAAAAAAGCUUCAAUUUAAGAACAUGUAUAUAAGGGUCCUCCGUUGUUUCCUCCAUAUUUAGAAUCAACAUGCGUUUUGAGUAUUUGGCUGCAAUACAUUUCUGCACGAUAAGCCACUUCGUUCAGCUAUCAUUUGUGGCCAGGUCGCUUCUGAAAGAGGGCUCAGUGGGCCUUACCUGGUAAAAUAAAAUAAAAGUCUAAAUUUUAUAGAAAUUCUGUCCACAUGUUAGUGUCACAUUGAGCAUCAUUAUAGAGGCUCCAUGCCUGAUUCUCUCCAUCCCCUUCCAUGUCACUGUCUAUCUUUCCGUCUCCUUCCUAUUUCUCUCCCUGUGCUUCUCUCGUAUCUUUCAUGUCUUCCAUUUCAAAUUUCUCUUUCAUAAAGCUCAUGGGCCACUUAAUACCGCAUCCACACAAACGAUGGCAGAUGCGGAUACCUGAUGCACAAAUGGAAAAUUAGAAACUCUCUGGUGUGCGACUAUGGUCACCCAGAACAGACCAUAACACGUAUUACGACGCAAUGCCCGAUCCACAAAAACGAAGGAGACAUCACAGUGAUACACUUCGCUACUCCCGACCUGGUUAUCUUGCUUGACCACCGGAAUGUUAAAUUGUAGCUGUUCUAGAUUUGAAGCUUUCGUGACUGCAAGGUUUCAUACUCUUAGGUUUUUU